AAGAGAUGACAGGAUAUGCUGUGAACUUUAUAUUUGUUUUAAGGAAUGCACUAAAGGCUAUAUCGGUAGGAUAGUUGGAACAAAGGCAGCGGUGAAUAGUAAUAAGAUAGUGCAGGGGCAACGACAAUGGGUCUUUGCGGUGACAGUACAAGCCCCAUGAGAGAGGAGGAGCGGCGACCUACAGAUGUUAUUUGGCUGAUAUUUUUCUUCCUUUUCUUAGCUCUUCUGAUAUUCAUCGCAGCCUUUGCCUUGGUGUAUGGAGAUCCACUGAGAUUGGUGAAUGGAUAUGAUAGUUUUGGAAAUGUAUGUGGAAGCAGUAAUGCAGACAUGGCAGACCACAAUGAUAGCAGAAUGAGUUUAUCAGGUUAUGAUACAACAGAUCGCAGAUACGUUUUCUUCUUCGACGUCCAAGACCUGAGCGGUUCUACGAAGGUGUGCGUGAAGGAGUGCCCAGACCAGACUCUGCACACCUUCCAAGACAUACAGGACUUCUACAUGCGCACAGGCUCACAGCUUUGCAGGUACGAUUACACAAAACAUGAGGAAGACAUCAAUAAGAUGCAGUCCAUCAAUGCCCGCCAGGCCAACGAGAGCUUGCCGUCUCCAGAAUGUCCGAGCCUCCCAGUAUACCACAGCAAUCCAGUGCUGAAUCGGUGUGUGCCGGUAGAAGGCGAAGGGCCGGCAGGUCUUGUGUACAAUCUCUAUGGAUACCUGAACUCUUUGGAUAUUCUGGAACAGGUGCUGGCAGAUCUCUAUGCAUCCUGGCACCUGGUUCUUAUUUUCAUUUUCAUUACCCUUGGUAUCUCCUGUGUGGUGAUGCUGUUGUUGCAUUACAUGGCAGGACUUGUGUCAUAUGCCAUUAUGAUUGCAGUUAUGAUUGUGUCCACUGCAUUGACGGUUUUGUUGUGGUGGAGCUACAUCAGCGUUCAUCUGCAGUUGGAUAAUGCUCCACUAGAUCAGAUACUGGAAGAGACAGUGCGCAAUGAGAGAGCACUCUUGAUCUAUGCCAUCAUUGCAACAGUAAUGACUGUGGCCUUGCUGGCUUUGGUGCUGUAUGUACGACCACACAUAACAAUGGUGGCCGAACUCUUCAAGCACGCAGGGGCCUGUCUGACUCGCCAUCCAGGGUUGCUCCUGCAGCCUGUGAUUACUUUCUUCGUGCUCUUGGCCUUCUUCCUUUUCUGGGUGUGGGUCCUGAUGUCCCUUGCCACAGCCAAGCACUUGAGAAGUUCAAGACUACAAACAACCUUGCAAGAAGUGAUCAACAAUAAUUCAGCCAUUCUAAGUGAGGGAGAUGACACCAAUCUUACUUUCAUGCGUACCCCCCAGCGUAUCCUCGAGUACGUUGACCCAUCGUGGGUGCGCUCCAUGUGGUGGGUUUGGGUCCUGGGACUAGUUUGGGUCGCUGAGUUUAUCCUUGCAUGUCAACAGAUGAUCAUUGCAUCGGCAGUUUCGACAUACUAUUUCUCAAGGCAAGAAGGCCGCGGCAAAGUGCGACACCCCAUUUGGUGGUCGUGGCGCACCCUCCUUCUCUACCACCUCGGCACAGUGGCAAAGGGCUCGCUUCUCAUCACCCUUUGCAAGCUACCUCGCCUGAUAAUACAGUGGAUUACCAAAAAAUGCAAGGACCCAGAACAUAGCUGCGCAAGAUGUGGGCUUAGACUCUGCUGUUGCUGCCUCUGGUGCUUUGAACACUUCCUCAAAUACAUGAACCACAAUGCAUACACUGUCACAGCAACAAGAGGCACUGCAUUCUGCGAGUCUGCCAAGAUUGCAUGGCGUGUGGUCCUGACAAACAUGCUCCAGGUGGCUACAGUGAACAGCAUAGGUGACUUGACAAUUUUCUUGGCCAAAAUCACAGUAACAGCACUGGUAUGCUGCAUUGCCCUCCCAGUACUACAUGCCAACCCCACUCUUCAUCUUUAUGCAGUACCACUAAUUGUUACAGCUGUCUUUGCAUUCUUCAUCACCCACUGUGUUUUCUCUGUUUAUGAGAUGGCUGUUGACACACUGUUCUUGUGUUUUUCCGAUGACUACAACACCUACGACACCACCGACGGGCGUGAGUUGGUGGCCGACAAAGAGCUGUACGAGUUCAUGGUGAAGCACGAAGACAUCGACAGAAAGAACUCGAGAAAGCCACGGCGCCGUGACCCCCCUGAGACCAUUCGGUUCAAAGAAGGGGCCGUGUGAAGGCAGAGGAAGUUUCUGACAAUGCUUUCCGCUGCAGAAACUGAUUCCUUUUUACAUGCUCCGCCCCUCUCCGAGACGGAAUAUUUACUAUGACUUUGGUAACCAAUGAUGGUUUAUAGAUUUAAAGAUAAAUGCAACAAAAGUUAUGAUCAAUAGAUUGUUGCAUCUGACAGUAACACAUUUUUGUGUAACUCAUUGCAGUCAUGCUAUAGUAAGGAUUGACUCUGAUAAUCAUUGGCAGAUAUCAUAGUUUGACAUUAAUGUAAUACUAAAGGAACAAAAAAAUAGUACUCUUAUUUAAAUGAAAUGUUCAUAAUUAAGGAUAGGGUAAUGACUUCUUGAAAGUAUCUAGGGUGUGGUAAUAGAUAAGGAGAGGCAUUAUUUAACAGGCAACAGUAUUGACAGAAAUUGCUAACUACAAUAAGCUCAAUAUUUGAUAUCAGAACUCUUAUUUGUACUUUCAAGAAAAAUAUCAGUAAGUACAGGGAACUCAUUAAGAAGACUUUUAGGUUAUGUUAUAAUUUCUUACUAAUAGUUUUCCUAGCAAUAGUUCUACUAAUGAGAGGAGUCAUACAUACCACCCAAAGUGUAUGUUUUACUUAGGGAACUUAGACCUGAUUCUGUUUUCUUUCUUUUUUUCUCCUACUUCUUGAUCGUUUCAUGUCAUCCUUCUAUUCUUUUUGAUGUGUUACUGGCUUCUUGCUUUCUCUCUCUCUCUCUCUCUCUCUCUCUCUCUCUCUCUCUCUCUC